AUGUUGCCAUUCAACUACGAUCCGUUGGACCUUGCCAAGCGAGGUAUACGACUUCUGCGCCUUCUGAAAAGUCAUGCCGGCCCGAUAUGCUGCGAACUUUUCGAAGUCAAAGUCACCGACCGAGGUUGCGAUACUCCGUACGAAGCACUAUCAUACGUCUGGGGCUCGCCUGAUCUCACUCACCAAAUAGAAGUCAACGGCAAGGAGCUUUCAAUCACUGCAAACUUACAUGUUGCUCUGUCUUAUCUUCGUCUUGCCGACACUGAUCAACGAGGCCACCAAGUACAACAAAUGGGAGAUAUCUAUCGCCAAGCCCGACAGGUUGUCGUAUGGUUAGGGGAAGCGACAAAUGAAACGGACACCUUUAUGACGGUACUCCAGAAGAUUCGGACCGUUAUGGAGAGUGAAGGAUCCCCUUACAGAAACUGGGUACCGAAGUACGAAACCCCAUUGCAACGAUAUUGGUACGAGCGGUGGAAGAAGGACUUGCGGGAGAACAUGCACAUGUGGCACACGGACGGGACCUUUUCGGAAUACGAAAUGUACUGCGCAAGACACGGUCUCGUCGAUAUCCUUGACCGUAGCUGGUUCAGAAGAGUCUGGAUACUCCAAGAGGUUGCGAACGCCUCCAUAGUCGUGGUUCAUUGCGGAAAUCUAUCAGUUCCCGGCUUGUACUUCGCAGCUGUCGAAGACAUCAUCAAAUGA